GUUGCGAGUUGGAGUGGCGGCCAUCUUUGGGCCACAAUCGUCGCACACCGCCAGUCACGUCCAGAGCAUCUGCGAUACGAUGGAGAUCCCACACCUGGAAACACGCUGGGAUUAUCGACUUCGGCGUGAAAGUUGUCUGGUGAACCUCUAUCCGCAUCCGAGCACGCUAUCGAAGGCCUACGUGGACCUGGUGGCAGCUUGGGGCUGGAAGUCCUUCACCAUCAUCUACGAAACGAACGAGGGCCUGGUGCGGAUGCAGGAGCUGCUCAAAGCCCACGGUCUGUCCGAAUAUCCCAUCACCGUCCGGCAGCUGAGCGAUUCCGGCGACUACCGACCCCUGCUGAAGCAGAUCAAAAACUCGGCCGAGUCGCACAUCGUGCUGGACUGUACCACGGAUAAAAUCUACGAAGUGCUGAAACAGGCCCAGCAGAUCGGCAUGAUGAGUGACUACCACAGCUAUCUGAUAACGUCGCUGGACCUGCACACCAUCAACCUGGACGAGUUCAAGUACGGCGGAACGAACAUCACCGCCUUCCGGUUGGUUGAUCCGGAAAAUCCGGAAGUGUCACAGGCGAUCCGCAACUGGACCCUCGGCGAGGCGCGGCUCGGGAAGAAGGUCGAUUUCAAAACAACGGAAAACGUGACUGUUAUUAAGGCGGAAACCGCACUGAUGUACGAUGCCGUCCACUUGUUCGCGAAAGCCCUGCACGACCUGGACACCAGCCAGCAGAUUGACAUCCACCCGUUGUCCUGCGACGCCCAGGACACCUGGCCCCAUGGAUACAGCUUGAUAAAUUACAUGAAAAUCGUGGAAAUGCGUGGCCUGACGGACGUCAUCAAGUUCGACCACCAGGGCUUCCGGAGCGAUUUCGUGCUGGACAUUGUGGAGCUGGGACCGCAGGGUUUGCGCAAAAGUGGCACUUGGAAUUCCACUUCCGGCGUUAAUUUUACCCGCACCUAUGGGGACCAGCAGAAGGAAAUAGUGGAAAUCCUGCAAAACAAAACGUUGAUUGUGACGACGAUCCUGAGCUCGCCGUACUGCAUGCGGAAGGAUUCCGCGGAAAAGUUGACCGGGAAUUCGCAGUUCGAGGGCUAUGCGAUCGAUUUGAUUCAUGAGAUUUCGAAGAUUCUUUUGUUCAACUACACGAUCCGCCUGGCACCGGACGGGCGGUAUGGCAGCAACAAUAAGGAAACGAACGAAUGGGACGGCAUGAUAAAGGAGCUGCUGGAGCAACGGGCGGACCUGGCCAUAGCCGAUCUCACCAUCACCUUCGACCGGGAGCAGGUGGUGGACUUUACGAUGCCAUUCAUGAAUCUGGGCAUUUCCGUCCUGUACCGGAAACCGGUCAAGCAACCGCCGAAUCUGUUCUCCUUCCUCUCGCCCCUCUCGCUCGACGUGUGGAUCUACAUGGCAACGGCUUAUCUCGGCGUUUCCGUCCUGCUGUUCAUCCUGGCACGCUUCACCCCGUACGAGUGGGAAAAUCCUCACCCCUGCAAUUCGGAUCCGCACUUUCUGGAGAACAGCUUCACGCUGCUCAACUCGCUCUGGUUCACGAUCGGCUCGUUGAUGCAGCAGGGCUGUGACAUUGCUCCCAAGGCCGUGUCCACCCGAAUGGUCGCCGGCAUGUGGUGGUUCUUCACGCUAAUCAUGAUCAGCUCCUACACUGCCAACCUGGCUGCGUUCCUCACCGUUGAACGGAUGGACUCGCCGAUCGAGAGCGCCGAAGAUCUGGCCAAACAGACCAAGAUCAAGUACGGUGCCCUGCGGGGUGGCAGCACGGCUGCGUUCUUUAGGGAUUCAAACUUCUCGACGUACCAACGGAUGUGGUCGUUCAUGGAAUCCACCCGGCCAUCGGUCUUCACUGCCAGCAACAUCGAAGGAGUCGAGCGGGUUGUCAAGGGAAAAGGGAGCUACGCUUUUCUGAUGGAAUCGACCUCGAUUGAGUACGUCAUCGAACGGAACUGCGAACUGACCCAGGUCGGAGGAAUGCUCGAUUCCAAGGGCUAUGGGAUUGCGAUGCCACCGAAUUCCCCAUUCCGUACGGCCAUCAGUGGUGCCGUCCUGAAGCUGCAAGAGGAAGGUAAGCUGCACAUUCUGAAGACCCGCUGGUGGAAGGAGAAACGCGGCGGAGGAUCUUGUAGGGACGACACGUCAAAGGCCAGCUCCACGGCGAACGAACUCGGACUGGCCAACGUCGGCGGUGUCUUUGUGGUGUUGAUGGGCGGAAUGGGCGUGGCUUGCGUGAUUGCCGUGUGCGAGUUCGUGUGGAAGUCCCGGAAAGUGGCCGUCGAAGAGCGGGAACCCUACCAGAAAAAGCUUCCCAAUAAAGAGUGUAGAUUUGAAUAAGGCAGUCCCAUUUUGCGUACCACAUGGAGAUGCAACCUAGGUCAAAAUUUUUUGCGAAACCGACGUUUAUCAGGACCAAAUCGCCACAGUUUUUGUUUCUUUUGUUUACCAACAGACUGCAAAACAGGGUUGUGCGCAUUCCUGUCCCUUCCACUUCCUGU